CAUCACACAGAAAGGAUACGAAAAGAAGAGGUCAAAAUUAAUUGGAGCCUAUCUGCCCCAGCCUCCAAGGGUGGACCAAGCGUUGCCACCGGAGCGCCGGGCUCCCGUUACUCCGUCCUCCGCAUCUCGCUACCACCGCCGAAGGUCCUCAGGGUCACGAGAUGAACGCUACCGGUCAGACGUCCACACAGAAGCUGUGCAGGCAGCGCUUGCGAAACACAAAGAAAGGAAGAUGGCAGUGCCUAUGCCUUCCAAACGCAGGUCCUUGGUGGUACAGACCUCGAUGGAUGCCUACACGCCUCCAGAUACCUCCUCUGGCUCGGACGACGAGGGCUCAGUGCAGGGAGACUCGCAGGGGACGCCCACCUCCAGCCAGGGCAGCAUCAACAUGGAGCACUGGAUUAGCCAAGCCAUCCACGGCUCCACCACGUCUACCACAUCAUCCUCGUCCACCCAGAGCGGGGGCAGCGGCACUGCCCACCGGCUGGCGGAUGUCAUGGCCCAGACGCACAUAGAAAACCACUCUGCACCUCCUGACGUGACCACAUACACCUCGGAGCACGCGAUACAAGUAGAGAGGCCCCAAGGCUCAGCCACGUCGCGGAUAGCACCAAAGUAUGGCAACGCCGAGCUCAUGGAGACUGGCGAUGGAGUGCCAGUAAGUAGCCGGGUAUCAGCAAAAAUUCAGCAGCUUGUCAACACCCUCAAACGACCGAAACGACCGCCUUUACGGGAAUUCUUCGUUGACGACUUUGAAGAGUUGUUAGAAGUUCAACAACCAGAUCCGAACCAGCCAAAGCCAGAAGGAGCACAAAUGUUGGCCAUGCGUGGAGAACAGCUUGGUGUGGUUACGAAUUGGCCCCCAUCUUUAGAGGCCGCGUUACAGCGAUGGGGGACUAUCUCGCCAAAGGCCCCGUGCUUGACCACGAUGGACACGAAUGGGAAGCCCCUGUACAUCCUCACUUAUGGCAAACUGUGGACAAGAAGCAUGAAGGUGGCUUACAACAUCCUGCAUAAAUUAGGUACGAAGCAAGAGCCGAUGGUGCGGCCUGGAGACAGGGUGGCACUGGUGUUCCCCAACAAUGACCCUGCUGCGUCCAUGGUGGCCUUCUACGGCUGCCUGUUGGCCGAGGUCGUCCCCGUGCCCAUCGAGGUCCCACUCACGAGAAAGGACGCAGGAAGCCAGCAGAUCGGGUUCCUGCUUGGCAGCUGUGGCGUUACAGUCGCCUUGACGAGUGAUGCCUGCCACAAAGGACUGCCGAAGAGCCCGACAGGAGAGAUCCCACAGUUCAAAGGUUGGCCAAAGCUAUUGUGGUUUGUCACAGAGUCCAAACAUCUCUCCAAACCUCCUCGAGACUGGUUCCCACACAUUAAAGAUGCGAAUAACGACACUGCAUACAUCGAGUAUAAGACGUGCAAGGAUGGAAGUGUCCUUGGGGUGACCGUGACAAGGAUCGCACUGCUGACCCACUGCCAGGCCCUCACGCAGGCGUGUGGCUACACAGAAGCCGAAACAAUUGUGAACGUGUUGGAUUUCAAGAAAGACGUCGGGCUCUGGCACGGGAUCCUAACAAGCGUCAUGAACAUGAUGCACGUGAUCAGCAUCCCGUACUCGCUGAUGAAGGUGAACCCGCUGUCCUGGAUCCAGAAAGUCUGCCAGUACAAAGCAAAAGUGGCCUGUGUCAAGUCCAGGGACAUGCACUGGGCGUUGGUGGCACACAGGGACCAAAGAGACAUCAACCUGUCCUCUCUGCGGAUGCUGAUCGUGGCUGAUGGUGCAAACCCCUGGUCUAUCUCUUCCUGUGAUGCAUUUCUCAAUGUGUUCCAAAGUAAAGGCCUGCGCCAGGAGGUCAUCUGUCCCUGUGCCAGCUCGCCAGAGGCGCUCACGGUGGCCAUCCGGAGGCCCACAGAUGACAGCAACCAGCCCCCAGGCCGCGGCGUCCUAUCCAUGCACGGGCUUACCUACGGGGUCAUCCGUGUGGACUCAGAGGAAAAGCUGUCUGUGCUGACUGUGCAGGAUGUCGGCCUCGUGAUGCCUGGAGCCAUCACAUGCUCCGUGAAGCCAGAUGGGGUCCCGCAGCUGUGCAGAACGGAUGAGAUCGGGGAGCUGUGUGUGUGUGCGGUGGCCACGGGGACGUCCUAUUACGGCCUGUCCGGCAUGACCAAGAACACCUUCGAGGUGUUUCCUGUGGCGAGCUCGGGAGCUCCGGUCAGCGAGUACCCCUUCGUGAGGACAGGCCUGCUGGGCUUCGUCGGCCCUGGGGGGCUCGUCUUCGUGGUAGGCAAGAUGGAUGGGCUCAUGGUGGUCAGCGGGCGCAGGCACAACGCAGAUGACAUCGUGGCCACCGCCCUGGCGGUGGAGCCCAUGAAGUUCGUCUACCGGGGGAGGAUAGCUGUGUUCUCAGUGACCGUCCUGCACGAUGAGAGGAUCGUGAUUGUGGCUGAGCAGCGACCAGACUCCACAGAGGAGGACAGCUUCCAGUGGAUGAGCAGGGUCCUCCAGGCUAUUGACAGCAUUCACCAGGUUGGGGUGUAUUGCUUGGCCUUGGUCCCAGCCAACACCCUCCCCAAGACCCCGCUUGGUGGCAUCCAUCUGUCAGAAACAAAGCAGCUUUUCCUGGAGGGCUCGCUUCACCCCUGCAAUGUCCUGAUGUGCCCCCACACUUGUGUCACAAACCUGCCUAAACCUCGACAAAAGCAGCCAGAAAUUGGCCCCGCCUCUGUGAUGGUGGGGAACCUGGUGUCUGGGAAGAGGAUUGCGCAGGCCAGUGGCAGAGACCUGGGGCAGAUAGAGGACAAUGACCAGGCCCGGAAGUUCCUGUUCCUGUCUGAGGUCCUGCAAUGGAGGGCGCAGACCACCCCGGACCACGUGCUCUACACACUGCUCAACUGCAGGGGGACAAUAGCGAACUCGCUGACGUGUGUGCAGCUGCACAAACGAGCGGAGAAGAUAGCUGUCAUGCUGAUGGAGAGGGGGCGCCUGCAAGAUGGGGACCACGUUGCUCUCGUCUACCCACCAGGAAUAGACCUCAUCACAGCCUUUUACGGCUGCCUGUAUGCGGGCUGUGUGCCAAUCACCGUGCGCCCCCCGCACCCCCAGAACAUCGCCACCACGCUGCCCACUGUGAAGAUGAUCGUGGAGGUGAGCCGUUCUGCCUGCUUGAUGACAACACAACUGAUCUGUAAGUUGUUACGGUCCAGGGAGGCAGCUGCGGCUGUGGACGUCAGGACAUGGCCCCCCAUUCUGGACACAGACGAUUUGCCAAAGAAGCGGCCGGCCCAGAUCUACAAGCCGUCCAACCCCGACACGCUGGCCUACCUGGACUUCAGCGUGUCGACGACCGGGAUGCUAGCGGGAGUGAAGAUGUGUCACGCAGCCACCAGUGCCUUCUGCCGAUCCAUUAAGCUGCAGUGCGAGCUCUACCCCUCUAGAGAAGUGGCCAUCUGCUUGGACCCCUACUGUGGACUUGGGUUUGUCCUGUGGUGCCUCUGCAGCGUGUACUCUGGACACCAGUCCAUCCUCAUCCCACCGUCAGAGCUGGAAACCAACCCUGCCUUGUGGCUGCUUGCUGUCAGUCAGUACAAAGUCCGCGAUACAUUCUGUUCCUACUCGGUGAUGGAGCUCUGUACCAAGGGGCUGGGCUCGCAGACAGAAUCUCUCAAGGCACGAGGACUGGACUUGUCCCGCGUGCGGACGUGUGUGGUAGUCGCCGAGGAGCGGCCUCGAAUAGCACUCACCCAGUCCUUCUCGAAGCUGUUCAAGGACCUGGGUCUCCACCCACGGGCUGUCAGCACCUCGUUUGGCUGCCGCGUGAACCUGGCGAUUUGCUUGCAGGGGACCUCGGGACCUGAUCCAACCACUGUCUAUGUUGACAUGAGAGCCCUGAGACAUGACAGGGUCCGCUUGGUAGAGAGAGGGUCCCCUCACAGCUUGCCGCUGAUGGAAUCUGGAAAAAUCCUGCCGGGGGUUCGGAUCAUAAUCGCCAAUCCAGAAACAAAAGGGCCACUGGGAGACUCACACUUGGGUGAGAUCUGGGUCCACAGUGCCCACAAUGCCAGUGGCUACUUCACCAUCUACGGGGAUGAAUCCUUGCAGUCAGACCACUUCAGCUCGAGGCUGAGCUUUGGGGACACCCAGACUGUGUGGGCGCGGACGGGCUACUUGGGCUUCCUGCGGAGAACAGAGCUCACAGAUGCCAAUGGAGAGCGCCACGAUGCCCUGUACGUGGUGGGGGCCCUGGAUGAGGCCAUGGAGCUACGCGGGAUGAGGUACCACCCCAUAGACAUUGAGACCUCUGUCAUCAGAGCCCACAAAAGCGUCACCGAAUGCGCCGUGUUCACCUGGACAAACUUGCUGGUGGUGGUGGUGGAGCUGGACGGGUCAGAACAGGAGGCGCUGGACCUGGUCCCCCUGGUCACAAACGUGGUGCUGGAGGAGCACUACCUAGUGGUGGGCGUGGUGGUGGUGGUGGACGUAGGCGUGAUCCCCAUCAACUCCCGGGGCGAGAAGCAGCGCAUGCACCUGCGAGACGGCUUCCUGGCCGACCAGCUCGACCCCAUCUACGUGGCCUACAACAUGUAGCCGGGCCCGGCCCCCAUGCCAGUGCGUUCCUCGGUGUCGCUCAAAUGUGGACGCCAAGGCGAUGUCUGCGGGACGGAGCCUGUGUCACAGGCGGAGCGCAGGGGACUUCCCAUGGCGGUCCUGGUUGACAUGAUGGAGCAAACGUGACCCGCCACCGAGCUUCGCUCAGGGGACCUCACGUCACUGCCUUCAGUUUGGUGGAAAAGCCCAUUUGGAAACUUUUCUUUCUUUCUUUGUUUUUUGUUGUUGUUUUUUUUUAUUAAUUAUUGGAUAAGUGCUUUCUUCGUAAAUGUGGUAUUUUGUUAAGCCAAAAUAGCAAUUAAACAAUAUUCUGCCCUCCAGGUGGGUUCCUUUAAACAAUUUAUGUAGUGUGACAAAGAAUUGUUUUCUCUGUUUUAAUGUGUCAUGAAACCUUAACAACAACAUGGACCUGUUCCUAAUCUAAGCCAUGGUUCGGUCUCACCCUUCUAGGAAAGUCUGUUGAGGUACGAAACCUUCCAAAUAGCAGCUUCCUGUUAGAUCCUAGCAGCUUCUGUCAGAAAUGUGCUGAAGAAACAGAGGCUCGCACGUGGCCUCUGAUAUUAGCAUAGAAGGAGAAGAAACUAUAAAUAAGGUGUAUUUCGGCAAUUAUCUUGCAGAUAUCUUUGUACUAAACUAAAAAGAUGAAAUAAGUUAACUUCUUCGUAUGUAAUUAUGUACAAAACGUUUAAUUUAUUUUGAUCUCUCUAGAAGUAUAAAAGAGAAGAACAUUCAAGAGUAUUAAAAUCUUGUAAUGUUUGCUAAUAUAAAAAGUGUUGUAUCAUCUUGCGUGGAUAGUAUCACAACAAGUAUAUAUAUAUGAAAUGUAAAUUCACUAAUGAACAAAGGAGAUUUAAAGUCUAACGCGCAGACCCUGUCACUUGCAUGGCGUCCCCCCCACUGUACUGUAGAUAAGAGACUCUCACACCCACUCUGCUGAUGGGAGCAACCAGAUGGCAAGGAGCCCAGUUUCAGCGUUUCUUCCAGAACCAGAGACCAGCGAGUGACAUUCUUGUAGAUCAUCUCAAAGGCGGUGAGGGGUCUGAGGCGGUAGUGCAUGUCCCCCUUCGCUGUGGGGGUUACACGACAAUGGAAUGAGUAGUGUGUGCUCACUGCCUUGAGCCCACUCGGGGAGGCUAGAGGCCCACAGCACUGCUCCCUUAGCUGCACAGUGUUUUUUUAUCCUUUUUGUUAGUGUCACCCUUUUUGGUCCUUGGUAUGAAAAGAAAUGAUAUUCUGCAGCCACCUGAACCAAUUGCAUUGAGUCCCCUCAGCUGGCCACCGUGUGGAGAGGACAGUGUCCAGGACAGCUUUAAGGGAAGAGACUCACAGGAGACAGUCACCUGGGCCAGCCCUUGGGUUCCCCAGCCCAUGUGAGCAAACCCCACAGGGAACCCCACAGCCACUGGCAGGAGCAAGAAAGCCUCACAGCUGCCUUCAUCUAGCCACCUGUGGAUGACACGUUCCUGAUGCCCAUCUGUCACAGCCACCGCAGCCUCACGGGCCCCAUUUCCAGAGCUCGUCUGCACAGUCCUUGCCUGAGCCGGCGUCUGUGUCCCGCCAGGAGCAGGUGCCAGCUCUGCGAGCGUCAUCUGUUUUGUGACUGUCCCAGUGUGAGCCUGCAGGGGCCCCCGAGGCUCCAUGUGAAUGACCAAGAUGGCAGCUGGGCAGAACCAGGCUGUCUCACCGCACAUGGGCGAGGUCUGACCUGCCUUUGCUGACACACAGGCACCAAGCCCUUUGGUGAAAGUUUUGUUUGACUUCUGAGAUCCAAGUCUAAUUGUUUUCUCAAAACUUUAAGUGGCGUAUUUUUUUAGUUUGUCUGCAUGAGGGGUGCACCCUUCCAUGUCCACGAAUCACUGGGCUUUUACAAUAUUGUUUGACUUCAUCACCGCGGGUGACCAUUUCCCUACUUGCCUCAGAUACACAUUCCUGCACCCGCCUGCUUCCGACGGGCAAGCCCACCACACACCGAAGAGACGCGUUCUUACAUGCCCGCUGGGUUUGGGGGGCUCCAGGGUUUCAGGGGAGGCAAUGAGUAGGAGACAUGAUUGCAGGGUCGGAAACAGCAAGUCAUGUGUCACUCCCAACGUGACCCUCACCUCCCCGUGUCAGCACCCCAGGCCAGAUGGGGCGGUGUCAGUGACUUCCUGUCACCUCUGCUGUUGGAGUUGAGGUCCAAAGAGUGGGGGACUGGGGUCAAAGCUCUGUCACGCAAGAAAGAGGCAAGGAGACACUUUCCACCAUUUCAGCAAUAAAGAAGGAUCGUUCUGUAGAUAACUCGUUCACGGGAAUGUCACCAAUGUUUGUCUUGUGACCCUCGUGUGCUUUUGAAGUCAGACAAAUCCGCUUGAUCAGCUCGCACGAAGGAGGGCACAUACGAACAUUGAAACACAGACCUGACCCAACAGGGCGGCUUCCUCAUGGUGCUUGUUUAUUAUAGAUACCUAACCCUGCUUGACACUUUACCCCGGAGACCGUCCCUUUUAUCAGUUGAAUGUUAGCAGCGUUAUUUCAUAGUGUGGUGACUGGUUAGGGAAGUUCAUGUACUGGACCAGUCAUGGUUUCACACAGUUUUUAUGUGCAAAGGACGGCAACCUUCUCGUAUGUUGAACCACCAGUAAGCUUUGUACAUCUGUGAUAACGCCUGUUUUAUAUUCAAAUGAACAAAUAAAAGCUUUUAUUUUUGUUGCUCUGAAAA